CUCUCUCUUUCUCUCUCACACACAGCUGGUGAUCCCUUCCGCACAUUUCUCGCCCUAUAGCAAAAGGGUUUCUCCCCUCAAGGAAAGAGUCUAGAUUCCACCCCCCCACCCCCCACCCCCGCCAAUUCUCGGCCUUUCAGGAGCUGCGGCGCCAAGAUGAGCGGAGAGGAGAACCCAGCCAGCAAGCCCACGCCGGUGCAGGACGUUCAGGGCGACGGACGCUGGAUGUCCCUGCACCAUCGGUUCGUGGCCGACAGCAAAGAUAAGGAACCCGAAGUCGUCUUUAUCGGGGACUCGUUGGUCCAGCUAAUGCACCAGUGCGAGAUCUGGCGGGAACUCUUUUCUCCUCUGCACGCACUUAACUUUGGCAUUGGCAGUGAUAGCACGCAACAUGUGCUUUGGCGGCUGGAGAAUGGGGAGCUGGAACACAUCCGACCCAAGAUUGUGGUGGUCUGGGUGGGUACCAACAACCAUGGGCACACAGCAGAGCAAGUGACUGGUGGCAUCAAGGCCAUUGUGGAACUGGUGAACCAGCGGCAGCCCCAGGCCCGCGUCGUGGUGCUGGGCCUGCUUCCGAGGGGCCAGCACCCUAACCCACUUCGUGAGAAAAACCGACGGGUGAACGAGCUGGUCCGAGCAGCACUGGCUGGCCACCCACGGGCCCACUUCCUGGAUGCCGACCCCGGCUUUGUGCACUCAGACGGUACCAUAAGUCACCAUGACAUGUAUGAUUACCUGCACCUGAGCCGCCUGGGCUACACACCUGUCUGUCGAGCCCUGCACUCCCUGCUUCUGCGUCUGCUGGCCCAAGACCAGGGCCAGGGGGUCCCCCUGCCAGAGGCCGCACCCUAAGCAUUCUCCCUCCCCGAUAUUAAAUUUUCGUUCCU